CAUCCCAAAGCUCCCCCCAAAUUUAUUACAACAAUCACACGUACAUUUAAUACUAUUAUAUUAUGUGAUGAUACACACAAUAAAUUCCAUAAACUAAACUACACACGCAGCCUUUCCCCUUUCCCUUUCUAUUUCCUUUUCCACAUUAAAAAAAAAAAAGUGAAAAAAUCCAAAUGGAGUUUUUCAACGGCGCCAAAGCCGUCAGGCUCAAAUCCCACAUCGGAAAAUUCCUCGUCGCCGACGACGACGAGCUCACCGUCCGCCAGAGCCGCCGCAGCGCCUCCUCCACAAAGGCCCGAUGGCUCGUCGAGCUCGUCGCCGGAAACCCCCACGCCGUCCGCCUCAAGAGCUGCCACGGCCGCUACCUCACCGCCGCCGACGAUCCCUUCCUCCUCGGCAUGACCGGAAAGAAAGUGCUCCAGACCAUCCCUGUCUCCGGCGCCGGCGCCGCCGUCGAGUGGGAGCCGAUCAAAGAAGGCUACAAAGUGAAGCUGAGGACCAGAGGGGGAAAGUUCCUUAGGGCCAAUGGCGCAACGCCGCCGUGGAGAAAUUCCAUCACCCACGACCUCCCCCACCGCACCGCCACCCAGGAUUGGGUCCUCUGGGAAAUCGAUUCCAUCGAUUUAUCCGUUUUCGAAAAUCAGUACCUGCCCGGAAAUCUGUCCAGAUUCAGUUCCUCCUCGCCGGAAGAACUUUCCGACUCGCCGUCGCUCGUUGAAUUUCGACCGUCCAUCUCGUCUGUCAGAUCUUCCCAUAACAAUAGCCGGCGACCGGAAGGAAUGGAGUUUUUCAGCAGAGCCAAAGCCGUACGGCUGCAAAGCUAUCAGGGGAAGUACCUAAUCGCCGGCGAGGAUGAGGAGGCCGUCCACCAAAGCCGCGACGGCGCGUCGAAGAACGCGCGGUGGACGGUGGAGCACGUGGAGGGGAAAAGCGACCGGAUUCGUCUGAAGAGCUGCUACGGACUGUACCUAACCGCAGCGGACGAACCGUACCUUCUGGGGAUGACGGGGAAGAAGGUACGCCAAACCCUAACGGAAAAGAAAACGGACGUUAGCGUCGAGUGGGAGCCAGUGAAGGAAGGCUUCCACGUGAAGCUAAUGACGAAUGACGGAAAGUUCCUGCGAGGUAACGGCGGCCCCCCGCCGUGGAGGAACUCCGUCACGCACGACGUGCCGCAUAGGACGGCGACGCAGGAUUGGGUGCUGUGGGGCGUGGAUGUAGUGGACAUUGUGGUUUCGGAUUCGGAUACGGAUCCGGAUACAAUUACGGAUUCGGGUUAUUUUUCGCCGGAAUCGAGCGUUUCAUCGGCCGCCGAUGAUUGCUCCGGUUCGCCGGAGAUCCGGUCGGCGUUUGCCGCCCGGCCUCCUGCUAAGCUGGGGAAUUCGUCAAUGAACAAGGUGUCCGCGAUGAAAAUGUUUAAAAACGCUGAAUCAAUUAGACUCAAGAGCUACCACAACAAAUACUUAUCGGCCCACACUGACAAAACAUCGAUCGUCCAAGAUCGUAUGUCUAACGAAGAAUCCACCAAAUGGACGGUAGAACUAGUCGAAGGAGUAGAAAACAUUGUGCGCUUGAAAAGUUGUCACGGAAAGUACCUUACAGCUACAGACGAGGAAUUUAUGAAGCUUGGGAGAAAAGUUAUCCAAAGCUUGCCACAGAGGCUCGACUCAUCUGUUGAGUGGGAGCCGUUGAGGGAUGGCAUGAUGGUGAAGCUCAAGACAAGGUACGGAAACUACUUGCGCGCCAACGGUGGGUUGACGCCAUGGAAAAGCUCCAUCACACACGAUAUCCCCAACGUGCACCACGAAUGGGUGUUGUGGGAGGUUGAGGUAGUUGAGCCCCGACAAAAGAACACGAUCAAUAACGACAAGCCGGAAGAUUCUUUCCACUUUCCCAACCAUGUGCAGUCGAAUCGCUCGAAUGAAGAUUCACCGAGAAAAUCCGAGGGACGACUAAUAUAUUACCAUGUUGCGGACGAGGACCACCAAGUACACGACGAGUAUGAAGGGCAUUCAUUUCAAUUUAAAGGGGAUGGGGUCGAGGAAUUGACUCGUAAGCUCGAGGAAGAAACCGGGCUUGAGAACAUAAUCGUGUGUUCUCGCAACAAAGUAACCGGAAAACUCUAUCCUCUUCGACUGUCCCUUCCUCCUAACAGGGCGACUAUGAACGUCGUCGUUGUUACACCAACAUCACGAGAUUCAUAAGGCAUCAAAGUUGUUUUCAGUCAUUUUUAUUUUUAUAUUUAUUCUUUACUAUGAUUAUUUUAAACUGUUCUUGGUAAAAAAAAAAAAAAAAAAAAACAAUAUAUUCAAAUUUUGAUUUUUAGUAAUUGUGAUUAUAUAUCAUCUUAUAGGUUCCGUUAAUAUAUGGAUAUUUGCUAUAAUUGAGCUUAUGUAAAUUACUGAACAAUUUUUUU